UUAGGCAGCCUGCGCCUUUAAAGGGGCGGAGCCGCGCUCGUUGUGGCGGAGUGGGAUUGGCCGAGCGGAGUCCCCGGAAGUGACGCGACGCGAGAGGCCCACGUGUGCGAUCGCAGCCCACAUGGCGGUGCUAGUGAAGAGGGUGCUGCUGGCGCGGAGGCUGCGGGCGGCUUCGGGCGACCCCACGGGACGGCGUGAGGCCAGUCUGGGCAUUGAUCCCGGGGCGGCGGUGCGAGUGCGCUUCGCCCCCAGCCCCACAGGUUUCUUGCACCUGGGCGGCCUCCGCACUGCCUUAUACAAUUACAUCUUCGCCAAGAAACACCAAGGGAGCUUCAUCCUGAGACUGGAAGACACAGACCAGACCCGCCUUGUGCCUGGGGCCGCCGAGAAUAUUGAGGACAUGCUGGAGUGGGCAGGCAUCCCUCCUGAUGAGAGCCCCCGCCGGGGCGGCCCUGUGGGGCCCUACCUCCAGUCCCAGCGGCUCGAGCUCUACGCCCAGGCGACAGAGGCUCUGCUGAAGACUGGGGCUGCCUACCCCUGCUUCUGCUCAACGCAACGGCUGGAGCUCCUGAAGAAGGAGGCCCUGAGGAACCGCCAGACACCCCGCUAUGACAACCGCUGCCGCAGCCUCAGCCCCACACAGGUGGCCCAGAAGCUGGCCGAGACCCCCAAGCCCGCCAUCCGCUUCCGACUGCAGGAGGAGGCGGCACCCGCCUUCCGGGACCUGGUGCACGGCUGGACGCGGCACGCCGUGGGCAGCGUGGAGGGGGACCCGGUCAUCCUGAAGAGCGACGGCUUCCCCACCUACCACCUGGCCUGCGUUGUGGACGACCACCACAUGGGCAUCAGCCACGUGCUGCGGGGCUCCGAGUGGCUGGUGUCCACCGCCAAGCACCUGCUCCUCUACCAGGCCCUGGGCUGGCAGCCGCCGCGCUUCGCCCACCUGCCCCUGCUACUCAACCAGGACGGCAGCAAGCUCUCCAAGCGGCAGGGCGACAUCUUCCUCGAGCACUUUGCCGACGCCGGCUUCCUGCCCGAGGCCCUGCUCGACAUCGUCACCAACUGUGGCUCGGGUUUCACAGAGAACCAGAUGGGCCGCACCCUGCCACAGCUGAUUGAACAGUUUGACUUGACCCGAGUCAUCUGCCACUCAGCCCUCCUGGACCUGGAUAAACUUCCAGAAUUCAACAGGCUGCACCUCCUCCGCCAAGUGAGGAGUGAGACUCAGCGGCGCCAGCUGGUGGGGGAGCUGCAGGCGCUGGUGGAAGCAGCCUUGGGGGACCAGCUGCAGGACCCUGGUGUCCUGGACCCCGCCUACCUGGAGAGGAUCCUCCUGCUGAGACAGGGCCACUUCUGCCGCCUGCGGGACCUGGUGUCCCCGGAGUACUCCUACCUGUGGACGCGGCCCGCGGUACGUCGGGUGCAGCUGGACGCCCUCUCGGAGAAGGCGGAUGUGAUUACCAAGGGGGUGCUGGGGCUGUUAGAUGAGGUGGCCUUGACCCAGGACGUGCUGAAUAGAGAACUGAAGAAGCUGUCAGAAGGCCUGGCAGGCACCAAGCACAGCCACGUGAUGAAGGUCCUCCGGGUGGCGCUCAGCGGGCAGCUGCAAGGACCCCCUGUAGCUGAGAUGAUGGUCACCUUGGGACCCAAGGAAGUCCGGGAACGGAUACAGAAGGUGCUUUCCAGCUAGAGAGACGAUGCACAGGGCAGUGGAGGUGACCGAGGGGCCCGUGCAGCAGGGGGAAGCUGCCCCCGGAGAGGAGAAGAGCAGACGGGACCCUUCCGGAAGCUCGUGGAAGGAACUGGAGUCUGGAGUGCAGGAGUGCGUCUGUGGCUUCACCCCAGGGCCCCCCCCCCCCCAACUGACCAAGGAAUUGCACCUCCACCCCUUCAUUGACUCUGAAAGGGAGACCACCACAGCCCUGAUUUCUGAUACCAGGUUACACAGAAGCGGGUUUGCAGAACAUUUCAGAGGACCCGGAUGUUAGUCUGCACAGGCUGCCAUUAAAAACUCCCGCAGACUGGA